CUUCCAACCACAACACAACACCAUUUCCAUAACCGAUCUAUCACAAUGACAAACAUCGACGAAGAAAUCAAGCACCUCGUCACAGAGCUUCAGCGCCUAGGCGCGCCCGAGAAGCCCGUCAAGUUCGGCACUUUGGUUCGUGAUGAGCGUGCAUCGAAUAUCUUCGAGGCACUCAACGGCACACUCCGCGCCGCCAAGCGACGAAAGGUCAUCGAUUUCCAGGGAGAGAUGUUGUUGCAGGGGGCACAUGACGAUGUUGACAUUGUUUUGUUGGAGCCGUUGAAGAGCAGUGGAAUGUGGGCUGCUUGAUGAUCAGGGAAAUGAGAUGGAAUGGUGUUAUGAUAUAAAGUGGACGUCUAUGUAGAUGAUGAGGAAUAAGGGAUGAUGUUCGUCUGAUCCGGGACAGCACGUACUACGUGCAAUGAAGGCAACAGCAAAAAGGACCCAAUUACUAUCUCGAGGAAUACCAUUUUCUCCGCAA